AAUAACAUGGCACGCGAAUGUGGUGCCACGUGAUAUAAACCGUAGUCAGUGUAUUUACACUAUGCACUUCAAACUUCUAAGCUAACACCGAGUUAACCAGCGGAUGGGAUGGAUUCCUUUAGUUUAUCACGUUUCAUUUUGCCUAAUAACAUGCAAAGGUGACGAUGAAAAUUUUGUUUCCACUGGAUUUAAGAAUCCAGUGCAAUUAAUUUUAAAGCUUGCCCGAACAGAGUUGGCACUUUGGCAGCAAAAACGAAAGGUUGAUGAUAAGUGCAAAGGAUUAUUACUUGCAAUAGUGAAGUGAUAAAAACUGAAUAUCCCAGCCACAAUUAAAGGCGAGGGAUGUAAAGUGAACAGUCAUUUAUCACUAUUUGAAAGUACGUUUUAUAUUACAACACGGAAACCUUUGAAACAAAUUUUGCAAAAAGUUUACUGAUUGCAAAAAUUCGAAUAAAAAGAAAGCUAGUACGAAAUCAUUCCUUUAUGCUAAGUUCACCUCUUGAAACCCUUUGAAAAUUUACCAGAGAUUGAUAAGAAAGAAAGCGUGAUAAAAUGCAUGAUCUGUGCAUCAAAUUGGCUCUUCCAGGAGACAGCCCUAGUCAAGCCCUUUAUUCCGUGUGGAGUCACGACAUUAGGUACUAACAGUGUUUGAUAUUAUCUAAAUACAAUCAAAGCACAAGCUGUCAGAAUCCGUAAGUUCCGGAGGCAAAUAACAAGCCUAUCCAACGCCACACUAUCUGUCGCGUUUUAUCACCACGGGGCGCUUACCCAUCUUGGAUUCCUUUCGCCGCAGCUUUUUUAGGCCUUUCCCGAUUCUUUUAUAACGCAGAGUUUGAUUGGCUGUUUGGAAACUUUAGUAAAACUUUCCUCCAAUACACAUCAAUUUGGCUAAAAAUUGUCGACUGCUACAGUGAUUAUAAAUCUGUACGGAAGCUGAACAUCUUAUCAGAACAGCCUCAUCACUUACUGCUGUCUGUUCGCUGUUGGCCUUGUUGUUGCGUGUCAGGUCUAGUACAUUUCUCCUUGAUUUCGUGUUAAAUUCGACGAAACAGCAAUCAUGGCAUCCGGAGCUUUCGAUCCUUCCGAUCCAGACUUUCAAUAUCUGGCUGUGGACAGAAAGAAGAUGCUGAGGGAACAGACUCAGCCCUUUGAUGGCAAGAAAAUGUGCUGGGUCCCUGAUGAGAAAGAAGGAUUUGUUGGUGCUGAGAUUCAGUCCUCCAAGGGAGAAGAAAUCACAGUCAAGACUAUUGAAAAGCAGGAGAAUCGUACAGUAAAGAAGGAUGAUAUCCAACAAAUGAAUCCACCCAAGUUUGAGAAGAUUGAAGACAUGGCCAACAUGACCUAUCUGAACGAGGCCUCUGUUUUGCAUAACUUGAGAUCCCGAUACUACAUGGGAAUGAUCUACACAUACUCUGGGCUGUUUUGUGUGGCUAUCAAUCCCUACCGUCGUCUACCAAUCUACACAGAGGGCAUCAUCGCUAAGUACAGAGGAAAAAGGAGAAUGGAGAUGCCUCCCCACUUGUUCUCCAUCGCAGACAAUGCUUACCAGUUCAUGGUACAAGAUCGUGAAAAUCAAUCCAUGCUUAUCACAGGAGAAUCUGGUGCCGGUAAAACUGAAAAUACCAAAAAGGUCAUCCAGUAUUUUGCCCACGUCGCUGCAAGUUUACAAAAGAAGGGCGAUGACGAGGAGAAAAAAGACUCGAAGAAGUCCACCACACUUGAGGACCAGAUUGUACAGGCUAACCCUGUACUCGAGGCCUAUGGUAACGCCAAAACUACGAGAAACAACAAUUCCUCCCGAUUCGGAAAAUUUAUUAGAAUUCACUUUGGACCUACCGGAAAAAUCGCUGGAGCAGAUAUUGAAACUUACCUGCUCGAGAAAUCUCGUGUGACAUUCCAACAACCAGCAGAGAGAGAUUACCACAUCUUCUACCAGCUGUUGUCCGGGGGACUGAAGGAUAUUAAAGAGAGACUGUUGUGCGACUGCGAUCCAGCUCUGUUCUCUUUCAUCAACCAAGGAGCUCUCACUGUCGAGGGAAUCGAUGACAUUGAGGAAAUGAGGAUCACUGACGAAGCCUUUGACGUUCUUGGUUUCACACAAGAUGAGAAGAAUAGUAUGUACAAAUGUACUGGUGCCAUCCUCCACAUGGGAGAGAUGAAAUUCAAACAGAGACCUCGUGAAGAGCAAGCAGAAGCUGAUGGCACUGCUGAGGCUGAAAGAGUAGCUUUCCUACUGGGUGUGAAUGCUGGAGAUUUAUUGAAAGCUCUCCUGAAACCCAAGAUUAAGGUUGGAACUGAAGUCGUCACCCAGGGUAGAAACAAGGAUCAGGUUGUAUACUCUGUUGGUGCCCUGGCCAAAUCCAUUUACGAUCGUAUGUUCAAAUGGCUUGUUAUGCGCGUCAACAAGACCCUUGACACCAAGGCCAAGAGAAAUUACUACAUCGGUGUCUUGGAUAUCGCUGGUUUCGAAAUCUUCGACUUUAACAGCUUUGAACAGCUGUGUAUCAACUACACCAACGAAAGGCUUCAACAAUUCUUCAACCACCAUAUGUUCAUCCUGGAACAAGAGGAAUACAAGAAGGAGGGUAUUCAGUGGGAAUUCAUUGACUUUGGAAUGGAUUUGCAAGCUUGCAUUGAUCUUAUUGAAAAGCCUAUGGGUAUUUUGUCUAUUCUGGAGGAAGAAUGCAUGUUCCCAAAAGCCAAUGACAACACCUUCAAGGAGAAGUUGUAUGCCAACCACAUGGGGAAAUCUCCCAACUUUGGAAAGCCUGGAAAACCAUCUAAACCUGGGCUUCCAUCUCCUCACUUUGAACUUCAUCACUACGCUGGAAGUGUACCAUACAACAUAUCCGGUUGGCUGGAAAAGAACAAGGAUCCCAUCAACGAAACUGUUGUAGAGCUGCUCAGCCACUCCAAGGAACAUCUGGUCCAGACUCUGUUCGCUACUCAUGUGGACCCAGCUGAGGCUGCAGGAACCAAGAAAAAGAAGAAAUCUGCUUCCUUCCAAACCAUCUCAGCUCUUCACAGGGAAUCUCUGAACAAACUGAUGAAAAACUUAUACAGUACACAUCCUCACUUCGUUCGCUGUAUCAUCCCCAACGAAUUCAAACAACCUGGUGUAAUUGAUGCUGCAUUGGUUUUGAACCAACUCCAAUGUAAUGGUGUGCUGGAAGGUAUCCGAAUUUGUAGGAAGGGAUUCCCAAGCAGAGUCAUUUACUCUGAGUUCAAACAAAGAUACUCUAUUUUGGCCCCCAACGCUAUCCCUCAAGGAUUCGCUGAUGGAAAAGUUGUCACCGAGAAGAUUCUUUUGGCUCUCCAAUUAGACCCCGCAGAGUACAGACUGGGUAACACUAAGGUCUUCUUUAAGGCCGGUGUACUCGGAAUGCUGGAAGAGAUGAGAGAUGAGCGUCUUGGAAAGAUUAUUUCCAUGUUCCAAGCCCAUAUUCGUGGAUAUCUGGUCCGCAAACAGUACAAGAAGCUCCAGGAUCAGAGAGUGGGACUUUCUCUCAUUCAGAGGAACAUUAGAAAAUGGUUGAUGCUCCGCAACUGGCAGUGGUGGAGAUUGUACUGCAAAGUCAAACCUCUCUUGAACAUUGCUCGUGCUGAGGAGGAAAUGAAAAAGAAGCUUGAGGAAAUGGAAAAAAUGAAAGAGGAACUUGAAAAGGUCAACCGUAUUAAGAAAGAGUUGGAGGAACAAAAUGUUACCCUUUUGGAACAGAAAAAUGACAUUUAUCUUCAGCUACAAACUGAACAAGAUUCUCUUGUUGAUGCUGAAGACAGAAUUGAGAAACUAGUGAACCAGAAGGGUGACCUAGAAGGUCAACUGAAAGAUAUGGAGGAGAGGCUUCUUGAUGAAGAAGAUGCAGCCGCAGAUUUGGAAGGUUUGAAAAAGAAAAUGGAGGGAGAGAAUGAUGAAUUGAAGAAGGACAUAGAGGAUUUAGAAAACUCUUUGGCUAAGGCUGAACAAGAAAAAUCAACACGAGACAAUCAAAUCAAGACUCUGCAGGACGAAAUGGCAUCACAGGAUGAAAUGAUAGCUCGUCUGAACAGAGACAAGAAAGGCAUGGAUGAGAGCUCCAAACAACUGAACGAGAAACUGCAGGCUGAGGAGGAUAAAGUCAAUCAUCUCAAUAAACUGAAACAGAAAUUGGAAUCCACUCUUGAUGAGCUGGAGGACAAUCUUGAAAGAGAGAAGAAGGUUAGAGGUGACGUUGAGAAAGCCAAGAGAAAACUUGAGCAAGACUUGAAAUCUACCCAAGGCUCUGUCGAGGAUCUCGAACGCAUCAAACGAGAAUUGGAAGAGGCCAAUAGAAAGAAAGAUGCCGAACUUGCUAACAUCAAUGCUCGUCUUGAAGAUGAGGGAGGACUUGUAGCUUCUCUGCAAAGAAAAAUCAAAGAACUACAGGCUAGAAUUGAAGAACUUGAAGAAGAACUUGAAGCAGAGCGGGCUUCAAGAACUAAGGUAGAGAAACAACGAGCUGAACUUAGUAGAGAAUUGGAAGAUCUUAGCGAACGUUUGGAUGAAGCUGGUGGUGCCACCUCUGCUCAGAUUGACUUGAACAAAAAGAGGGAACAAGAACUGUUGAAGCUUCGCCGUGACUUAGAAGAACAGACUCUUCAACAUGAAGCACAGGUCUCUUCUCUUCGCAAGAAGCAAUCCGACACUUCUAAUGAAAUGGCUGACCAAAUUGACCAACUUCAAAAAGCUAAGUCAAGAUUCGAAAAGGAGAAAAAGGAUCUCCACAGAGAGUGUGAAGAUCUCCAAGCACAAAUACAACAUGUUACAAAACAAAAGGGUUCUGUUGACAAAGUUACUAAACAACUUGAAAGCCAACUAUCAGAGGCCAACGCUAAGAUCGAUGAAGCCAACAGACAGUUACAUGACCUCAACAAUCAGAAGUCUAGGUUGAGCCAGGAAUCAUCAGACGUCAAUGCCCAGCUAGAGGAUGCUGAACACCGAAUUGGUACACUCACCAAAGAAAAAACAGCCCUCGCAAGCCAACUGGAGGAAGCCAGACGUUCACUGGAGGAGGAAACGAGAAUUAGACAGAAACUGCAGAGUGAUGUGAGAAAUCUGAACGCUGAUAUGGACACUCUCCGUGAACAGCUUGAGGAGGAACAAGAAUCUAAGGCUGAUGUUCAGCGACAACUGUCCAAAGCCAACAGCGAAGUGCAGCAGUGGCGAGCCAAGUUCGAAGGGGAAGGCACAGCUCGUGCUGAAGAACUCGAAGAGGCAAAGAGGAAACUCAUGGCCAAACUUCAAGAAGCCGAGCAAAAUGCAGAGUCUGCUAAUGCCAAGGUCAGUGCUCUUGAAAAAGCCAAAGCCAGACUGCAAGGCGAGAUGGAGGAUCUGAUGAUCGACGUCGAAAGAUCUAACGCUAAUGCCAACUCACUGGAGAAGAAACAACGAGCUUUCGAUAAGACCAUCCAGGAAUGGCAACAGAAGGUCAACGAUCUCCAACAGGAACUGGACAAUGCUCAGAAGGAGGCCCGUGGAUACUCUGCCGAACUGUUCCGUGUCAAGGCUCAGUACGAAGAAAGUCAGGACUCUAUUGAACAGUUGAGAAGAGAGAACAAGAACCUUGCCGAUGAGAUCCACGAGCUGACUGAUCAACUCUCUGAGGGAGGAAGAAGCGUUCACGAAGUUGAGAAAGCCAAGCGCCGUCUAGAAAUGGAAAAAGAAGAGCUGCAAGCUGCCCUGGAAGAAGCUGAAGCUGCAUUAGAACAAGAAGAAGCUAAAGUAAUGAGAUCUCAACUUGAGAUUUCCACCGUCCGUGCUGACAUUGACCGCAGGCUUCAUGAAAAGGAAGAAGAAUUUGAAAAUACUCGUCGCAACCACCAGCGUGCCAUGGACUCCAUGCAGGCAAGUCUUGAAGCUGAGGCCAAGGGCAAAGCUGAGAACAUGAGAAUCAAGAAGAAACUGGAACAAGACAUCAAUGAACUUGAAAUUGCUCUGGAUGCUGCGAACAGGGGAAAAGCUGACUUGGAAAAGAACAUCAAGAAAUAUCAACAACAAAGCAAAGAAAUGCAAACUCAAAUUGAGGAGGAACAACGGCAAAGGGAGGAGGCCCGUGAAGCCUACAACAUGGCUGAGCGCCGCUGCAUGAUAUUCCAAGGUGAAGUAGAGGAACUUAGAACAGCUCUUGAACAAGCUGAGAGGGCUAGAAAAGCAGCUGAAAGCGAACUUACAGAAGCUAACGAACGUGUCAAUGAACUAUCCGCCCAAGUAUCAUCUUUCCAGGGACAGAAGAGGAAGCUUGAAAGCGAUAUCCAAGCUAUGCAGACCGAUCUUGAUGAUAUGAACAACGAAGUCAAAUCUGCUGAUGAACGUGCCAAGAAAGCAGUAGCUGACGCCGCUCGUCUUGCUGACGAACUCCGUGCAGAGCAAGAACACAGUCAACAGAUUGAGAAAUUCCGCAAAGGACUUGAGGGACAAAUCAAAGAACUUCAGGUCAGACUCGAGGAAGCCGAAGCUCAGGCUCUGAAGGGAGGAAAGAAAAUGAUUGCUAAGCUUGAACAGAGGGUAAGAGAACUUGAGGGAGAACUCGACAGUGAACAGCGCAGACAUGCUGAAACACAGAAAAACAUGCGCAAGGCUGAUCGUCGUAUGAAGGAACUUGCCUUCCAGGCCGAUGAAGACCGCAAAAACCACGAAAGACUUCAAGAACUCAUUGACAAAUUGCAGGCCAAGAUCAAAACUUACAAGAGACAAGUCGAGGAAGCUGAGGAAAUUGCCGCUAUUAAUCUGGCUAAAUACCGCAAAGUUCAGCAUGAACUGGAAGACGCAGAGGAGAGGGCCGAUACUGCUGAAGGAUCCCUAUCCAAACUCCGUGCAAAGAACAGGAGCUCUGUGUCCGUAUCCCGCACCUCUGUCACCUCCUCAGUGACACCAAUUGUCGGCCGAGGGGUUAGUGUAGCCAGGACCGAUAGGGCAGCAUCAUCUGUUGCUCCUAAAUAAAUGAUCGGUCCCUUUGUAAAGGUAAAAAUGCAAGACGUGUAGGAGUCGUUAUAGUGUCUGGAAUUGUCUCUAGGUUUUGUCGUUUGAAAUUGGAUUUGAAAUAGAUUAGUUUUAGUGUUAGUAUUUUGACUACUUUUCAUGAUGAGCAUCACAGCAUCAGAACACCAAUCUAAUAAAUUGUUUUAUUUCCAUCCUACACUCUCGUGAUGGAGAAUGAUGAGUACAUUCCUUAGCUAGUAGAGUAAGUUAUAGUUGUUUGACCUUUUAGUGAUCCAAGCCCCCGACUUUUACCAAUCAUUCCGUAUGAUGUUCUAAAAAUAGCAUGCAAAAUACACAGAUAUCCAAUUACCCCAUUUUAUAUCAAGAUUUGGGCAUGCUGGUGUAAGAAUUUCACCAAGCUCUUGGCUUUGAUCCAAAAUAAUAUUUAUCUUGUACUGAAGUCUAAUACAUACCAAUUUUAUGGGAAAAAAUUCAGCAUGCAAACUUCUACAUUUGAAAUUUCCCCAUCUUUCCAAAAUAAUGGGUAAUAUGUAAGGCAAAACCCUUCAAACUCCUGGCAUGCACGAAACAAUAAUAUCAUCAAAAGUUGUUUUUUUUAAAAAUCCUCACCACGUAUAACUUCAUCCUACUCCUCCACAGAUCCGACAGUCCGAGUAAUCGUAAGUUUUCCAUCUGUUGAUUGGUUGGUUGUUUUUGACCUACAUGAGUUCAUUUCCGCCUUACAACAACAUGGCGAUCCUUGCAUUGACUUCACUCCAUCUUCAUGCUUAUAACAUGGUCAUGCCUCAAGCAUGGUUUUUGUUUGUUGUUAUAUUUUCUAAAGUUAACAUUUUCUUUUUUGUUCCAUUAUGGAAUUCAAAAAUAAUAAAUUUUCAAUAAACUCUUGAUGACACGAAAAUGUGUGUUAACAUCUGAGCAUGUUACCCCUAUUCAUUCUUCCUCUGUUGUAAGAAAAAUUAUAAACAGACCAAAGAUUGUAUAGGAUGCUUGUUGACCAUUGAAUGGUAGCAGUGUUACAGUUGUGUACAUGUUUUCAGUUGAUCUUGAAGUGUAAGUAACGGUUUUUUGCUGUUUACACCUAUAAUCUAUUUUUAUUCUCUGACCUAUCAAAUAAUUGACAUGCUUUGCUGACAUGUUUUUCUCUCUUGUUUUUUCAGGGGCCAAGUUCGAAUCCAAAUCUCCUGUCACCACGUGUGCGCGCAUCGUCUUCUUAUCGCUCUGUCACGCCCUCUUUUGAUAUUAAUGACAGCUAUUAAACUAAUGUGCCGGAAUUGUGCAAUAAUGUGUAGCUUUAGCAUUUGUGCCUCCAUCUUUUAUAAGAUUAUAAAAAAAACAUUGUCAGUUUGUCAUUGGGAAGAAUGGGCGGUAACGUAACUAAACUCUUUAGGAUGGACUAUCCGUGAAUGUGCAGUUUUGUUUAUUUAUUAUACAUUGUUCAUUUGUCUCGAAGUCUUUAUUUAUUUUUAUUCCGAGUACACAUCUAUAAUUUGUAUAGGUUUGAGUGUACACGACAUAAUAGCACAAUGAAACAAAAAUGUAGAGUUUGGUUUCUGUUGUGUUUUGUGACAUAGACAUUAAAGCUAUUGUAUUUCU